AUGCUGGCCCACCUGACGACGUUCUUGAUUCUUUUGGCCAUUGGCGACGCUGCGGCAUGGCUGCAAAAACGAGCCUCGGAGGUCCCGACACUCUCUCCAACCACUUUUGUGAAGGGCAAGGCUUUUGACCGCAUCGCAAUCAUCUGGCUCGAGAACACCGACUACGACAAAGCUAUCGGUGACCGUAACCAUGACGACCUGUCCACUUUUGAUGCCAACAUUUCUUCCAUCGUAGAUCUCCUCGAGGACAAGGAAAUCAGCUGGGGAGAGUACCAGGAGGACAUGCCGUACACGGGUUACACGGGCAAGGCGUACCCCAACCCGACUACCGGCGCGAACAUGUAUGUCCGCAAGCAUAACCCAGCAGUGAGCUACGGAAACGUUCUCGACUCUGAGAAACGUCUCGGCGUCACCAAGAAUUUGACGCUCUUCCAGCAAGAUCUGGAGAACGAGACUUUGCCGCAAUGGAUGUUCAUCACACCCAACAUGACUUCUGAUGGGCAUGACACGUCCGUGACUGUUGCCGGAGCCUGGACCCGCAACUUCCUGGAGCCUCUCCUCGACAACCCAAAGUUCAUGAACAACACGCUAGUGCUGGUCACCUUCGACGAGAACGAGACCUACACCAUCCAGAAUCGGGUUCUCGCCAUCCUCCUCGGCGACGCCGUGCCCGAGCAGCUGGUCGGCACCACCGACUCGACCUUCUACGACCACUACUCGGAAAUUUCCACCGUGCAGGCCAACUGGGAGCUCGACACGCUCGGCCGCUUCGACGUCGGUGCCAACGUCUUCUCUCUUGUCGCCGACAAGACGGGCGACGACCUCCGCGAGUGGAGCGGCCAAGGCUCGCAGGCCCUCGAGCACCGCUACUUCAACUACUCGUACGCAGGCGUCUUCAACCACCGCGACGGCGAGGCGCGAAGCUAUGUCAAGCCGAAUGUGGAUCUCGAGUAUGCGGGACGCAAGGUGCAUCAGUCCGUCGUCGACGUCUGGAAGGAUUCGGAUCUGCCCUCGUACUACACGUCGGCUCUCGAGAUACCGGACGGGUUGAACCCGCCUGAAGGGUACUAG